AUCAAUGGUAUAUUUAUCAUAUAUGCCAGCAUUCCACUUAAGUUGAAGGCACAAAUAUAAUUGCAGAGGAAAUGUUCAUGCCUUAUGAUAUGCAUUUUAUAGAGUGUUUAGUCAAAAGAUAUAGGCAACCCUUGAAAUAAGGAGGGGCAGCUAACCUGGAAGAGGAUUAUAUAUAUAGAUAGACUAAUUUAUAAUUACUAAAGUCAUCACUUGUGAUCCAGUCAACGAGUUUAGAUCUGCAUGUAAUUAGAAACUCAGGAGUAGAUCUUGGGUAUUGAAGGUUGACUCCAUCUACAUCACCACCAGUGCUAUAUAUAGCAUGCAAUCCUUGGUUCACCGUUCUACCGUUGUUAGGCUUCACCAAGCUCAAAAUGGGUAGCAGUAAGCUUACAACACUUAGCCUAUUUGUGCUCUUCAGUAUUGGAUUAGCCAAUGCUGUUAGGGUGACCAGGUACUCUAGUUCUCAAGGAACUGGUGUAGGAGGGGGCAAUGGAGGCGCGCUAGUCAAUGGCGCUGGCUCAGGAUCUGGAAGCGGCUCAGGAUCCGGUCAGACUAGUGGUGGUGGAUCCUAUGCGAGUGCUGGCGGUGGUGGUGGCGGUGGCGGCUGGUCACAAUAUGGUGGUUCUGCCUUUGGUGGUGGAUCCGGCACAGGAUCUGGCUCUACUUUGUCUGAACAGGGGUCGUCUUAUGGUUAUGGUGGGACUACAAGUGCUGGGGGGAGUGGUGGCGGUGGCGGGGGUGGUCAAGCUUUAGGCAAUGAGGGCUCUAGUGGAUAUGGUGCAGGUGGUGGCAAUGGAUCUGGCUCUAGCGAGGCAAGUAGAAGCUACUACAAUCCAUAUGUACCAACAUAUGCCAAUGCAAAUGCUGCAGGUAAUGGUGGUGGCACAGGAAAUAGUCAAAAUGGUGGGAGUGGUGGUGGUAAUGGUAGUGGUUCUGGGUACGGUGAUGCAGAGCCUUAGAUUUUCUUAUAUGAUCUUAAGUUGGAGCCCAAAUAUGUUAUUUCACUUUAGUUCUAAGAUUUUUUGUACUUUUAGUUUUCCCUUUUGAUGAACGGUCAGACCAGACACGAACUAAUAAAAGGAUCCAUUAUUGAUUGUUAUAUUCAACAAAGUAUGAAGAUUGAGUAA